AAUUUUAAAAAAAAUCUAAAAGGCUUUGGUUUUUUGGAAUCUAAAAUGAUCUCUCCUUCAAGUCUCUUCAAUCUUGGACUGGAGGAAGACCGAUUAAUGUCUCUCUCUUUCGAUUAUAUUCUUUAAUUCUUCCAACUCAAUUUAUUAGGAGGGAAAAAAUUCACCGAUUUUGGACUUUUGAGGACCUCCAAUUUUGCAUCAUUAUCCCAGCAUAAUUGCUGCUUUAACUUGAAUUCCCAAGAAAACGGUUUCUAAUAAUGGAGACUGAGGAUAUUAUCAGCCUUCCUGCUAAUAGCCCUGGAGAUGGAAGUGAAGAUAAUGAUUACGGAUGUGACCCUGGUAAAGUGGAUUGUCAAUCUGGAAAGCUUGAGGUUGAAGAAGUUAAGGAAAUUGGAGAGAUCCUUGGGCACUCAGGUGACACCGCUGAUGGAGAUGAUCAACUUCUGCUGGCUACUGACAAUGAUAAAACGAUGCAUGAUAACCCAUCCAGCUUGGAAGUUAGUUUUGAACUGACUGAAACUGUAGCAGCAACCUGCUUAAGUCCUGUAAGGCAUGCUGGUAAUGGUAGUCUUGCUCUGAAAGAUGAAAGCUUUCUCAACAAUCACAACACAGAUGGUUUUGCUGUUAGUAGUCAUGAGAUUGUGUUAUCUGGUGCUAAGAGAUCCCGAGCUACUGUUGACGAGCAGCAACCUUCAGUACAGGUCACCUAUAAGUCCUUGACAAGAGAUAGUAAAAGAAAGCUUGAGGAGCUAUUACAGCAGUGGUCACAGUGGCACGCUCAGCAUUGCUCUUCAUCAAAAGAAUCAAGCCAAGUUCUAGAAUCUGGUGAAGAUACAUAUUUCCCGGCUCUUCAAGUUGGUGUAGAUAAGCAUUCUGCAGUGUCUUUUUGGAUGGAGAAUGAAACUAGGUGCAGACAGAACAAGGAAGUCAUUCCAUUUGAUGGAAACUCAGUUCCUGUUUAUGAUCGUGGAUAUUCAUUAGCUUUAACUGCAAUGGAUGGUUCAAGUAACUUGGGAGUAUUGGAAGUAGUGGAAGGUUCCCGUUGUUUCAAUUGUGGUUCAUACAACCAUGCACUGAAGGACUGUCCCAAGCCUCGUGAUAAUAUUGCUGUUAACAAUGCUCGAAAGCAACAUAAAUCUAGGCGUAACCAAAACCCCAGUUCGCGCAACCCAACUCGAUAUUAUCAGAAUUCUCCUGGUGGCAAGUAUGAUGGACUAAAACCAGGCACUCUUGAUUCUGAAACACGCCAGCUAUUAGGACUUGGGGAGUUUGAUCCACCUCCGUGGCUUAACAGAAUGCGAGAAAUAGGAUACCCACCUGGCUAUCUAGAUCCAGACAAUGAAGACCAGCCAUCGGGUAUCACAAUCUUUGGUGAUGAGGAAAAUGGGGAAGAUACAGAGGAAGGUGAGAUUCUUGAUUCAAGCCAUCCUGAGCCAGCUAGAAAAAUGAGCAUUGAAUUUCCAGGGGUAAAUGCACCAAUCCCACAAAAUGCAGAUGAAAUGCGCUGGGCAGCUGGGCCUUCAGAUCUAAAUAUGUCUAGAAAUCGUUCAUACAGCAGAUCCAAUCGGACAUCAGAUUCUGGAAGCAGAGGUCAUUAUCAUGAGCAGAGGUUGUCAAGGAGCUUUGAAGAUGACGAGCCUCCUCCCCCUGGCUGUGAGGUUGGUAGCCCCUCGUGGUCAAGUUAUUCUCACAGGUAUGGUGGCUUUGAACCUGGUUAUUCACCCCGGAGUCCAGGAGAUAGUCGAGUGCCAAGAAGCUCUAGUUUUGACAGAUCCUUGUCAGCCAGAGCUAGAAGAAGCCCCGUUGUCCAUAACGAUUCUUUAAAGCAUUUUCCAUAUGGUAACUUACCUUACUCAUCUCCCAGAUAGACUGGCGAAUUACAAUAGUCGGGCUGUAGAAUUAGAAUCCCAUGUAACAUAAGCAUGAUUCUUCUUGUGAUUUAAUGUGUAGUUGCAACGGCAUGUAUGCUGUCCAUCAAUGGAUGGUUGGCAUGCUAAAUUUUGGUGUGAAAAUUCUGUUCAAAUAAUUUCUUGCUGUACAGUGAGUAGAUGACUAAUGACGAGACUAGGCAGAUCUGCGGUACGAGUCUCGUCAUUUAUUGUGUAUCCUCUGGUUUAUGAAUUCCAAAUUGUCGACAGUAAUUGUUAGUUUAAUAUUGUAUCGAACGUGAUUUUCUAGUA